GUAUCCUCGUUCAUCUUCCCACUCACUUCCCCCGGGGCAAGUUCGUAUCCAACUGCGAACUGUAGCACUCAGAACGCGAGGAGUACCCUCCGCCACCACAUCCAUCUCAGCGCGACGAUAAGAGAAAUGACUACCUCUUUCUUCCAAUCGACCAUCGCGCACGCGCACAAAAAGCGCUUCCAGCGCAGCGCAACAGGACCGCAUCUCUCUGUUCCAUCUUCACCUCUCCGCUUAUCUUCCUCAUCUUCUGAUCACUACGACUCGGCGGCUUCGACACCAGCGACUUGCUACACGCCGCCACCAUCACUGCCACCGUCUUCGUCGCACAGCAACUCCACGAUGCCUGCGACAAUCUCUGCCUUCCCAAUCCCGCCUCAAACCAUCCACUCUGUAACAACUACAACUACAACGCCCCGUCCAAACCACACCUACACAAUCAUCUCCCGCAGCACCUCGCUCGCUCUGACCUUUCUCAAUGGCUGCAUAACCCUCGUUCCGCCAGGAAGUCUCGGCACUUACCGCUGGCGGUGCGUAGAAACGCCAGACGGGUGGCUGGGAUUCCAGGACCCGGCGUCGGGUAUGUAUCUAGGGUACGAUGAUCAUGCGUGGCUGCAGUGCACGGCGCGGAAACAUGGUGAAAGAGAGUGGGUUUGUCCUAGAGAAAGGCCUAGUGGGGGGUGGGUUUUGCUAGUUGUGCUUGAAGGUGGGUGUGCGUUGCCUAUUGGAGUUAGGAGGAGGGAAGGAGAUGUUGGCGUCAAGAUUCGGAGGUGGAAUUCUGGAGGGAUUACUUGGGAUUUCAUGCAGGUUUGA